AUGGCCAAAACUGAAACCGAAAAGUUGAAUAGAAUAUCCCAAGAUGUUUCAUCAAUAAAAGAAGAUAUUAGUCAGAUUAAGGCUACAACAGAUUAUUUAUCCACAGAACGGAAUGAAUUAAAACGACAAUUGGCUUAUAUUUCAGAUUUUAAAGCUACUAUUGAAAAGAAAGUAGAGACCAUUAAAAAUAAAACUCUAUCCCUAAAGCCGAACACCACUGCCCAGCAACAACUUCAACAAUCUUUUUUGUUACGAAGAUUUUGUAUACGAGAUUCAAGAGCGACUACAAACAGAAAAGAACUUAAUACUACUAGGAAUCGUAGAAAUACAAUCUACACGUUUAUAAGUGCGACG